AUGGUUCACUGUGGGGACAAAGUAAUUCUACCUGGGGCCCCCGUUGCCCUGUCUCUGCUGUCUGCCAAGGCUAUGUCCGAGGCCUGCCCGGCCCGUCUACACGACAAAGGGGUCCCUGCAGAAGACAGUCCCAAGUCUGACAUUAGCUCUCACUUUCAAGAAGCCAUAAGCUUCACAGAAUGUCAGGGGAAGGAAGGAAAGGCCCUGGUCCACCAGGAAACUGGACUCCCCAUUCACCCACCAUCUGCAAGAUACAGCGGCUCCCCAGUCCAGAAAUCUGAAAAGACUCCAGAGCGCAAGUCCAUGAUCAGCAAAAGCUCUGUGGAGCUGCAGAGGGUGGCCACCCUCCCCACCCAGGGUUGCAGCAACAGUGCCUUUCAGAAUGAUGAAGAUGGCUUUGGAAACCAGAACACAUCAGGAAAUGACCACUCGCUAAGGAACAGAAUUGUGCAAAACAGAGAGCAUGAAAAUGGCAAACAGGUAGAAGAGCACAUCACCAUCGAGCAGGAUUCUCUAAGAAAGGAUGAAGAAGAGGAGGAUGAUCAAGAAACACAUCGAAAAGGGUGCCUGGGAAGGAUGUGUGGGAGGAUGUCUGAUUUUUGUAGGGAACACAAAACAACCCUUUGGUACAUCAUCUGGGGCAUUUUAAUAGCAGGUUACCUGGCCCUGGUGAUCGCAGCCUGUGUGAUGAACUUUCACAGAGCCCUUCCUCUUUUCGUGAUCACCGUGGUUGCCAUCUUCUUUGUGGUCUGGGAUCACUUCAUGGCCAAAUAUGAGUCUCAGAUAGCUCGGUUCCUGUCUCCAGGCCAAAGGCUACUGGACAGCCAUUGGUUCUGGCUGAAGUGGGUGAUAUGGGGCUGCCUGAUCCUGGCAGUUAUUCUUUGGCUGGUCUUUGACACUGCUAAACUGGGCCAACAGCAGCUGGUGUCUUUUGGAGGACUCAUAAUGUACACUUCCCUGACAUUUCUAUUUUCCAAGCACCCAACCAAAGUUUACUGGAGGCCUGUCUUUUGGGGAAUUGGGUUACAGUUUCUUCUUGGGCUUUUGAUACUAAGGACAGAACCUGGAUUUAUGGCUUUUGAUUGGUUGGGCAAACAAGUUCAAACGUUCCUGGGGUACACUGAUGCUGGUGCUUCAUUUGUCUUUGGUGAGAAAUAUACAGACCACUUUUUUGCAUUCAAGGUCCUGCCCAUUGUGAUUUUCUUCAGCACUGUGAUGUCCAUGUUGUACUACCUCGGAUUGAUGCAGUGGAUCAUUAGAAAGGUUGGAUGGGUAAUGCUAGUGACUAUGGGAACAUCUCCUGUUGAAUCUGUAGUUGCUUCUGGCAAUAUAUUUGUUGGACAGACCGAGUCUCCUCUGCUGGUCCGACCGUAUUUACCAUAUGUCACCAAGUCUGAACUCCACGCGAUCAUGACUGCUGGGUUCUCUACCAUUGCUGGAAGUGUCUUAGGUGCAUACAUCUCUUUUGGGGUUUCAUCCUCUCACUUGUUAACUGCUUCAGUUAUGUCUGCACCUGCAGCAUUGGCUAUUUCUAAACUUUUUUGGCCUGAGACAGAAACACCUAAAAUAAACCUCAAGAAUGCCAUGAAAAUGGAAAAUGGUGAUUCAAGGAAUCUUCUAGAAGCUGCAACACAGGGAGCAUCCUCAUCCAUCUCCCUGGUGGCGAACAUUGCCGUGAAUUUGAUUGCCUUCCUGGCCCUGCUGUCUUUUAUGAAUUCAGCCCUGUCCUGGUUGGGAAACAUGUUUGACUACCCACAACUGAGUUUUGAGGUAAUAUGCUCCUACAUCUUCAUGCCCUUUGCCUUCAUGAUGGGAGUCGACUGGCAAGAUAGCUUUAUGGUUGCCAAACUCAUAGGUUAUAAGACAUUCUUCAAUGAAUUUGUGGCUUAUCAGCAACUCUCAAAAUUGAUCCAUUUAAGGCAAGCAGGUGGACCCAAAUUUGUGGAUGGUGUGCAGCAAUAUAUGUCAAUGCGUUCUGAGGCAAUCUCCACUUAUGCUCUCUGUGGCUUUGCCAAUUUUGGUUCCCUGGGAAUAGUGAUCGGUGGACUCAGUUCCAUGGCUCCUUCAAGAAAGCGUGACAUCACCACAGGAGCAAUGAGAGCGCUGAUUGCGGGGACCAUCGCCUGCUUCCUGACGGCCUGCAUCGCAGGUAUACUUACCAACACCCCUGUAGACAUCAACUGCCACCACAUUUUGGAGAAUGCCUUCAACUCCAGCUUAGUUAGAAAUGCAACCAACGUCGUAUCUUGUUGCCAGGGUCUACUGAGCAGCACUGUUGUCAAGGGUCCUGGUGAGGUCAUCCCAACCGGAAACCAUAGCCUAUACUCUUUGAAGAGCUGCUGCAACUUGUUGAAUCCACCAGCAUUGAACUGCAGUUGGCUUCCUAGUGUACUCUGA